GGAGUGUAAUGUCUGAUAAGACAAGCGAUGGGCACCCGUGAGAGUGCGUGAGUGAUCACUCUGGAGUUUUGACAGCUCGAGGACGUCUCGAAUUCUAAAGCAAGCGUUAACAAUUCUUCUCUAAAAUGAGCGAGUGAAACUCUCAGCCCAGCUGUCUAAAUCGAAUAGAAUAAAAAGUGCCUGCCGGAAAAAAAGACUGCUUGGAAAAUCCAGUUGUUUCUUGGCUAUAGCUACGUGUCUCCCUUUCUCCCACCAUCUCUUUCUCUCCGUCCCUCUCACAGGCUCGCUUUCCAUUCAUCUCCUUUCUGGAGACUCGAUCGGGAGGACUCUUGCAAAAAGUGUGAAAAGUGCCGAGAAAACUCGAACCGGAAGUGCCCGGACUUUCGUUCGGUGGAAAAAAGUGAUAUGGUGUUGCGUCUGUGACACUUUGUGAUCAAUCGGUUUCCUGAUUCCCUUGGACUCUCACUCCCUCUUUCUCUCAUUCUCGGGGAAGAAGAAUGGAGGCGGUAGCGAAGCACGACUUCACAGCGACGGCUGAGGACGAACUCAGUUUUCGUAGGAGUCAAGUUCUCAAGAUUUUGAAUAUGGAGGAUGAUAUGAACUGGUAUAGAGCAGAAUUGGAUUCUAGAGAAGGACUGAUACCCAGCAAUUACAUAGAGAUGAAAAAUCACGAUUGGUAUUACGGUAGAAUAACGAGAGCAGAUGCCGAAAGGCUACUAAUGAACAAACACGAAGGCGCCUUUCUUAUCAGGAUUAGCGAGAGCUCUCCUGGUGAUUUUUCUCUCUCUGUCAAAUGUUCAGAUGGAGUCCAACAUUUUAAAGUAUUGCGAGACGCUCAGGGUAAAUUUUUCCUUUGGGUGGUAAAGUUUAAUAGCCUGAAUGAAUUAGUGGAGUACCACCGCACAGCAUCCGUGUCUCGUUCCCAGGAUGUUAAACUACGCGAUAUGGUACCAGAAGAGUGCCUUGUACAAGGCACUGAAAUAAUAACUAGAUAA